AUGGCAGAAAAGACAACCUCUAAGGUGAAGUGCACCUACGCCGGCUGCAAACUAGUCUUCAAUUCAGAAAAGGCCAUGAAGCAACACAAGACCUUUGACUCUGAGCACGAGUAUUGCACCCAGUGUGACGAAGACUUUGAAGACGAGGAGCGCCUUCUCAUCCACAAGAUCAAAAGCGUCAAGCAUAUUGUCUGUCCCGUUUGUGGCAUCGAGUUUCGCAGCGAUGGUGGUCGCAAUUCCCAUAUUCGUCAGAACCACCACUCUAUGCAGAUUAUCCCUUGCCACGGUUGUAAGGCUACUUUCAAAUCCGCCAGCGGCCUGAUGAGCCAUAUUGAGAAGGACGAAUGCCCCACCAUCCGCUAUGUUCAUCUCCUCCGGGAGCAGUCCAAGAAAAUGAUGAUCAGGGAGGCUCUAGGUGCUGGUGAGGGAAUAAAUCUGCCAAUUAUCCCUCCACAGGGCACCUUGGAGGAUACCGAAUACGAUGAUGCGGACGGUGGAGUUAUGCUUGAAACCGGUGAGGGGGCAAGUCAUGAAAUUUCGAAUAGGGAAGCUAUGAACAACCAGCCAAAGCCUGGUCAGGACGACCCCACUGCUAGUGUUUCGGCGAUGCUUGCUCUGAAGCACUGGCCGACUUUGGAUGGGAAGGCGUCCAAGGGAAAGAGUAUUGCUCCUAGUGACCUAUUGGCUUUCUCCGAAUUGAGCAUCGCGACAGGCAAAGACAGCAAGUCGUGGAAGGGGAAGGAGCCUGUCAGAUCUAGCUCCGAUGUUGUGUCGUCACAACGUCCAUUUGGUGUUGGAACAAUCCGCCCUGGAGACACACUGCGCAUGCUCGAUCGCGCAUGGGAUGCUACAAAGUUCUUUAAUUCAUUCACGGGCCAAUACGUCUGUCCCUGUAAGACGGGCUUUGCCACCAUGGCUGAAUUUGAGAACCAUGUCCUGAUGAAGAGUCGCAUGAUGGAGGAUAGACAGUGUCCCGGUUGUCUCCGCUUCUUCAAAACCACCGCUGCUUUGGUCGCGCAUCUCGAAUCGCCCAGCACUCGCUGCAGCCUCAGUGACGGUGAGAGAUACGGUCAGAUCUUCGAGGAAAUCACUGGCGGACUUAUUCAAACUGCGGGAUACACCGAAGAUGGGACGAUCAAGUACGAAGCUGGCAAGUUGGAAAUAACCGAUAGCUCCGAACCUGGUACUACCACCGUCGGUACGGACCUGCGUCUGCGUCCUCAGCGCCGGGAGUUCUAG